CUGGCGUAUAUAGGCGCUGUUCAGAAAACCCGCCCGCGCAGUUCUUGCAGCCAACGACUGAUCCACACCAAGAUGUCUGUUAAGUCGGUCAGUUUUAUUUUCCUUUUCUCUGCCCUCUGUUGUGUUGUGCAUGGUCGUAGGAGAUAUUUCCCCGGUUACAUGUGCGAGGCUACCUCACCCGGAGAUAUCAACAAUAGACGCAAUGGUCUCCCGGAAACUUUCUGCAGAGAGAAUGGGAUGUUAAUGCGCCGAAACAGCGUCUGGUACACACAAGACUGUAAGAAGUGCGAGUGCGGGGAAAACUUUGCAAGUUAUACCCAAGGCUGCUGUGGGUUUGGGUACAGUGAGCCAGGGUCUAGAGGGUGGGGCCGGCCCGCCCCGGACGCCCCUGCAGGUUGCACGACUAUCUAUCUCAACUGUGACUAUUACCACGUUAAAAAGGGGUCAGCUGGCGAUUACUUGGACUGCGAAACAGGAGACCCUGUCGAUUUUACAAAACCGAUUCACGAUGAAGUUUUGAAUCCUUAGAAAUGGAGCAUUUGUAAAAGAAAAGACUGUGUGACAGUAGUUUACUUAUUAUUCUCUUUAUAGUCACAUGAACGUAUUCUGGAAAUAAAGUUACUUUUAAUCUUUAU